AUGGCCGAUACACUUCGCCUUCCCACUGCACGAUGUCCGCCUCUUCGGCAGGCCCGAGGCACCAAGCUUAAUACCAUAAUGGAAGAUACUCGCGAGUCGCAAUUCUCACCAAAGGGCGCCGGUAGCCCUCCGUUCUCGAGACCAAACCUGCCCAGUCCCAAGUUGACCCUCAAGACAAGCGGACUAUCAGUACCGACUCAUGCUCGAUUGGCCCGGUUGAUGUCGCCGCUCUCGGCAGGGACAACAUCCUCCUGUUCGGACCACGAAUGGCAGCAACAGAUGCAAGGGUUCGACGAUUUGUACGAUGCCUCGGACGAUGACAAUUCCACCGAGAUCAGCGACUCGUGUUUCUCGGCACCGGGAACCCAACGCUCCAGCUUGGUGACACCAAUCACGAGGAAUUCGGUCACUUCCACCGGCAGUCGUGGGAGUCGCAAAAGUAGAGGUGGACUGACUCUUGACAUUCCUUCCUCCACAGACUGGCCCUCUCUCCGAGGUACUUGUAAGAGUUCGCCCAUUCCUCCAACGCCUCCGUCCAGGCUUCCAGUCUCUCCCGUAGCACUCUCCAUGCUCGGUCGAGCUGUACCAGCAUCAUACGCUCCGCCCUCCUUGGAUGGCAGUAUCUCCUCCGAUCAGGAAUCAAAUCUCAGUGCGCUGGCCACUCCAGAUACGCAUUCGCUUCCUGAUACCAACUGGGAUGCACCGGAUGUCCACGUUCGUCCCGAUCUGGAUGGGAGUGAUGCGGAGGAUCUAGGGAAUGACGAGAGCCGUGUCGACCUCCAGGCUGUCUCGUUUACUAUUGAAAGCCCACAGAGUGACUGGCGCAAUGUCCUUGGACGCUUCCCUACACUGCCCACGGCUCUGCAAAACACCUCGACAUCCUCGCUGGGAUAUGAGGCUGAGGUCCCUUAUGAUGAUCCAUCCCGCGGGUCGACUCCAUCGGAUGAAGGACUCUACCUACCGGAUGGUGCUCUGGCCAUGCUGCAGCAUAUCCCAUUGGAUCGCACACCCGAAACUUGGUCCGAGACGUCGGGGGACGAUGAGAUGUGGCAGCUUCAACCUGCUCCACAGAGCCGGCCCCGAAGUGCCGAUGGAGUCACGCCGGCAUCGGACUUGUCGGGUUACAGCUUCAGCGAGCUAAGCAUUCCAUCACCUGGCGGUUUUUUUGCCUCGUUGGCGCCGCGUGCUCGUCACACAUGGUCGAUCCCGAAUGACAACCUUCCACCGACGUCUGCCGUAGCUGAGGGUUUCUAUAACCUUCCGUUUCUCCGAGACCAAGGAGAAGUAGUUGAGCAGGUCAUUGAAUGGCCUGACCGUGUACAAGAGGAUGAUCCUGAUACUGCGAUCCGCGACGAGGAUGGCCCGCCUACUGCCAUUCGACUGCCAUGUGACACGCCUACUCGACCUCUCACACGGCAAGGCACCCACAGCCCUGUGAGUGCAACCUUCGAGGCCGUCCAGGAGAUCACCCAACCCGGUAACGUGUACGAGUAUGACGAGCUCUAUGACAAUGAGCUGCAAGUGCGUGCUGCAGCAAGUCUCGACAGAACCAGUGUAUGGCUCACAGCGCAGGCAACCUACCUAUCCGCUCUGAAUGAGACCAAUCCCAUCAACGAGAUUGAUUCAAAGGCAAACUCUAAUGUUGGAGACAAGUCACCUGAUCAAGAAGAAGACAUCGAUGCAGCGCCAAAGAAGGCCGUUCGGUUUGCCGAAGGUGUUCCCGAAUCGCUCAGCCCUCGUCCACCCGUGUUCGCCAGCAGGGACUCUAUCUACUGGCGAGGGUUCCAGUCCAUUCGACAGCGCUCAAACACAGCCGACGGCUUCCUUCACCGCAACAUGCGCUUCGAUGCGAUUCAGUCCUUCCGACUCGGAUUGAUGGAUAUGCACCUUAACAGUUUGAUGGGUAAAUACGAGCUUGUCCUUCCAGAGCGGCCCGCAUACAAGGGCCCAUUCUCCCAGGCUCCCCGCAACUCGAUCAUCACCUCUGUGUUGGCUGAGAAAGCACAGUUCUCCAAGCUUGAGAAGGAGCAGCUAGUCCUUGCCCAGCUUUGUCAACCCAUGUGGGCCAUGGACGCGCUUCGAUGCCUAAACGGUGGCAAGUUGCUCACGAGCCCGGUCGAGAAGCGAGCUACUCGAACCCGCAAGACGCCUCAGAGUCAGGAUGGACAGAAGCCACGUGCAGUGCGCAUUCUCGAUCUUGGCGGUCAUGCUUCUUGCGAAUGGGGCUGGCACGCUGCGCAAGAGUUCCCGCACGCAAAGGUCUACUCUGUCGUCAAUCAGACGCAAGCUGUCAACAGCGCUAUCAAGGGCCCGCCCAACCACCGCGUGGUCUCGGUUGAACGCCUUUGGGAGCUGCCGUUCGGUAAUAACAAGUUUGAUGUUAUCACCACGCGUUCUUUGCAUGCUUUGUUGAAGACUGAAUGUCCAUCCGGGCUUAAUCAGGACGAGUACGACUUGGUUCUGAAGGAGUGUCGCCGGUGCCUCAAGCCCGGUGGAUACCUCGAGUUCAUGGUGCUAGACGCCGAGAUCUCCCGCGCGGGCCCAUAUGGCUCAGCAUCGUCGGUCGAGUUUGCCUACAAUCUUCGCACGCGCGGGUACGACCCUGUCGCCUCCAAGAGCUUCCUCGCUCGUCUGCGGCAGGGUGGGUACGUCAACAUCAAGCGCGCUUGGAUGUUCUUGCCCAUGGGCAUAGAGCCCAUUGAACCUCUACCCCCAAGGGAGACGCCGGCACCACGGGUUCCGAGCCAGAUUGAAGAGUACGAAGCCGUGCAGGGACCGAUUGGCAGCACGGCCGACAUCGCCAGUAUCACGGGGAUUUUGGGUGGUUGGAUGUGGGAGCAGUGGCUGGUCCGCUUGCGGGCUGAGAUGGGUCAUGACCGAAGCAAGUUGCUUGAUGGAGUGGGAGCAUUGUUUGAUGAGGGGAGAAAGAAUGGAGCAGGCUGGACCUGCUUGUCUGGAUGGGCGAUGAAGCCGAAGCCUGUGAAACAGAUGGUUCAGCACCGAAGAACCGUGUCGACCUGA